CCUUCCCUUCCCUUUACUAUUUUCUAUCCAAACAAGGGCUUAAACCACUGUUUCCUUCACAACCCCUAACGAACUCAGACAAGGGCACGUAUCUAGCCACAUGCAAUUAGCACAACAAGCUCCGAUGUUCCCCUCCACGCCUCUGCAAUGAUAGCCUUGUUCUGCAGAAAGGGGUCAAUUUUGUCCCCUCACAAGCAAACGUGAAGAUGAAAGAGAAGGAAUCGGACGAUAAGGAUUAAUAGAAGGUGAGAAAAGCCUAGGGUUUUGGGGAUUUUUCUUGUAUAAAUAGCGGGACUUAGGAAGAUUUGAGAGCGGGGGAGUUUUUUGGAAAGAGUUCAACCGACCGGAAAAAAAAAGGAGAGAGUGGUAGCCGACGGCGGCAGAGAGAGAAAUCGGAGAAGGCAGAUUCCGGCUCAUUCCAGCAUAGCUUCCGGCACCUCUAUUCUUUCGUUCACUGCUUUGGAUCUAGGUACACAUCCUAUCCGAAAGCAUAAGGUGGCUUGCAACGGUUGGCCUUCGGGACUACUCCGAAAUGGUGUAUCUGGAAGGCUAUCAAUUCCGCUGCCCUGUGCCUCUAGAUGUGAUAGAUGAGUGUUUAAUAUUACAAACAUGUCACGCAACCAAGAAGAAAACUCGAGUGAAGAACUUCCACAACAAACCCUUUCAAACCUACAGGUGCAGCCGAUAUUGGGAAAGGUGCAACGGAUGGUGAAUAGAUUAAUGGAACCCAUGCAAGAGCAAUUGGAAAUGUUGCAAUUGGAGAAUAAGAGGCAGCAACAAAGUUCUCCCGCUCAACCACCACCUUGGUUUAGGCAUGGGAAUGGGAAUAGAGAAGCUAGGAAUCAGGAGGACAAUAGUUUGGGCAACAUCAAGAUGAAGAUUCUACCAUUCCAAGGAAAACUAGAUCCAGAAGCCUAUCUUGAGUGGGAAAGGAAGGUGGAGUGUCAAAACUGGGAGCAUCCCAUUGAAACAUGGGAAGAGACGAUGGCAGUGAUGAGGAAGCGAUUUGUGCCCAGCCAUUAUUACCGAAAAUUGUACAAAAAGUUGCAAGGGCUUAGGCAAGGACAUCGGAGUAUGGAAGAGUAUUAUCAAGAGAUGGAGAAAGCCAUGAUUAGAGCAAAUGUAGAAGAAGACCGAGAGGCAACCAUGGCGAGAUUUUUGCAAGGAUUGAAUCUAGACAUCCAUGACCGGGUGGAGAUGCAACAUUAUGUGGAGCUAGAGACAUGUGGUGAAAUUGUGAUUGAAGACAAAGAUUCUGACACUGAUGAAAUGCCACCAUUAGAGGGAACUUAUGAGGAGGAGUUUGCUAUACAUGGAGUUUUGUUGGUGGCAAGGAAGGCUUUAAGUGUGCAAGCAAAGGAUGUGGAUGAAGUGCAAUGGGAGAACAUCUUUCACACUAGUGAUGAUCUUGCCAGAAAUUUGCUAAGUAGUGUUAUCUCUCUUUUGCAGGAUUACGAGGAUGUAUUUCCCGAAGAAACGCCGCCUAGAUUACCUCCAAUACAAGGGAUUGAACAUCAAAUUGAUUUUGUACCUGGUGUGACAAUUCCAAACCGGGCAGCCUAUAGAAGCAACCUCGAGGAGACAAAGGAGCUUCAGAGGCAAAUAAGUGAAUUAAUGGAGAAGGGGUACGUGAGGGAAAGCAUGAGCCCAUGUGCUAUUCCUGUUCUACUUAUGCCUAAGAAAGAUGGGACUUGGAGGAUGUGUGUUGAUUGUCAAGCCAUCAACAACAUUACGGUUGAUGAAGAAAAGUCCGAGCAAUUUAAGAAUGGAUGAGUCCCACAUGUAUAGCCCAAAAUAAUAUAAAAAACGUGAAAAUCACUAAAAGUAGCCUAAAGUAACAUGAAAUAUCAAUUUGUUACAAAUUGCGACAGAAUUGCGAGAUUGACGCAAAAUGUGUAAUUUAGCAUAAAUGACCUCAAUUAAGCUUCUCUUGAACCUGAAUGAUGUUUAUCAUGCCUUGAUAAUCAUCCAAGCUUCGAUUUGCUUGUUGUAUGUUGUUUUCAACCCAGAUCUACUCAAUAAGGCCAUUUAAAGCUU